CUCGGACACGAGCUGCUGGCGCCGAGGGCGUGGGGGCGACGUGGGGAGGAGCGGCGUGAUCUUUCCGUACAGCAACAUGGCGGCGCCCGUGGACUCCGGAAAAGAGAGUUCUUUGGUCUGUCCUGACCAGGUUUAGGAUUCAGUGACUCCCAGACUUGGAGGAUGUUGGACUAGUCUUAUAUCUGAGGAUGAGAGAAGGAAGUUGUGUGGAGACACUGAAGAGAGGAGGAUCAAAUUGGGGUUCCAUAGAACAUGCUACAACUGUCUUUGGCCAACUUGGCUGAAACAUUUGAAUGAUCAACUCUGAAACGAAAAGAAUAUAAAGUAUUGCCUUUUUCCUUAGAGCUGCUGCAUAUCAUAUCAGGAAUGCUAAAUUCUUUCAUGUCCCUGUCCAUAUGAUAUUCUUGUGUAUCAAAUCUUCUGUAUCUGAAAUACAUCUUUAUUGAAAUAUAGGACAUUUAAGAACUUAAUUCUCAAAGUUGGGAUUUAUUUAUUUAUUUUGUUUCAGCACUGGGGAUUAAACCCAGGGCUUCUACUACUGAGCAACAUGCUUAGCUUUAGCUUGUUUGAUUCUUGAUUCCAAAAUUUGUUUUUAAAGAGAAUGUCUGUGGUCCACCAUUUGUCCCCGGGAUGGCUACUGGAUCAUCUUUCUUUCAUUAACAAGAUAAACUAUCAAGUUCAGCAUCAUGAGCCUUCCUGCAGUAAACAUGGGCCCCCUUCUGUCUAUGUUAAUUCUCUUCAGAGGGGUGCUGUGUCUUCUUUGGGAGCUUCUGCUGGGUGUUCUGUUUCUGACUCUACCAAGACAGAGAAUGAGGUUGGAGGAAGUCGUGAAAUGACCACCCCAAAAUACGUUUUCCGACCUGAACUAUUUAACGUUAACAAACCUUACAUAACAGCAGCUGUUCACAAAGAAUGCCAGCAAAGUAAUGGAAAAGAAGAUCUAGCAAAUGGUGUCAAAAAAGAAACCUCCAUUUCUGUUGGGAAGAAGCGUAAAAGAUGUAUUGCUUUCAACCAAGGUGAAUUGGAUGCCAUGGAAUAUCAUACAAAGAUCAGAGAGCUGAUUUUGGAUGGAGCUUUGCAGUUAAUCCAAGAAGGCCUCAGAAGUGGUUUCCUUUAUCCACUUGUUGAGAAACAGGACAAAUGUAGUGAACGCAUUACUUUACCACUUGAUGCCUGCAGUUUGUCAGGAUUAUGUGAAAUGGCAAAGCAUUUGCCUUCUCUGAAUGAAACAGAACCUCAGAUGUUACAGCUGAUGGAAGAUGAUAUGUCUAUUACAGAGCAGGAUUUAUUUUCACGGGUUGUUGAAAACAGCUCUAGCUUUUCAAAAACAAUUACUUUAAUGGGAGAGAAAUACUUGCUGCCACCAAAAAGCAGUUUUCUUUUGUCUGAUAUUUCUUGCAUGCAACCUCUUCUGAAGUGCAGUAAAACAUUUGAUGUAAUUGUGAUUGAUCCACCGUGGCAGAACAAAUCAGUGAAAAGAAGUAACAGGUACAGCUAUUUAUCACCACUGCAGAUAAAGCAAAUGCCCAUCCCUAAGCUGGCUGCUCCAGACUGCCUGGUUGUCACCUGGGUGACCAAUAGACAGAAGCACCUGCGUUUUGUUAAGGAGGAGCUUUAUCCUUCCUGGUCUGUAGAGACACUUGCUGAAUGGCACUGGGUCAAAAUCACAAAUUCAGGAGAAUUUGUGUUCCCAUUAGAUUCCCCACAUAAAAAGCCUUAUGAAUGUCUUGUACUAGGGAGAGUUCGAGAAAAAACUGCUUUACUGUUAAGGACCGCAGGUGUAAAAGUGCUCCCCAUUCCAGAUCACAGAUUAGUUGUCAGCGUGCCCUGUGUCCUUCACUCACAUAAGCCUCCACUUGCUGAAGUUCUAAAAGACUACAUCAAGCCAGGUGGGAAAUGUUUGGAAUUGUUUGCUAGAAGUUUACAGCCAGGUUGGACGAGCUGGGGUAACGAAGUCCUCAAGUUUCAGCACGUGGAUUAUUUUAGUGCUUUGACGUCUGGACACUGACUAUAAGAACAGUGGUUUCUUCACUCUGGAUCCCUUUAUUUCAGCUCAUUUUUCCUUUUACCACCAGUCAGUAUGCUUAGAAAUGGCUUUUAAGUAAAGACUAUCUGUUGUGCAAUUUUGAGAUGAAUUUUACUUCAGUUGCACUAAUAUCCCACAUUAUUAUAAAUUCUCUAUAAUUAAACAGCUAAGCAGUUUGCACAGAGGUCAGAUGAUGCUACUGAGUGAAUUCAGAAAGCAUGCACUGUGGACCCUAGGUAUUAACUUGGCAAAUAGGGCAUUGUUAAAAAAAAAAAAA